AUUUUGGUCUAUCGAUUACAAUAUUUGAUCGUCGAUUUUUAACAGAAAAAUGCGAAACCAUGGAAUCCACCGGCAUAAAUCUAAAUAUUAACACCUGUCGCGUCUGCCUGGAGAUGGACGAGGCCAACACAAGUCUGUGCCUGUACGACGAAAUCGAGUACAACGAACUGAACCUGGAGCUGUGGCAGCUUUUGCAGUUUGUUUCCAAAGUGACGAUGACAGGGGAUCCUAAUUUUCCGUCUCAGAUCUGUCAGACCUGCGCCCAACGGCUAAUCAGCGCCUAUGAGUUCAUCCUUGAAGUGGAAAACGCCGAGAAGAAACUGCAAAGCCUGUGCCUGCAACAGGCGGAAUUAGCUGAGACCAAGCCGGACGUGGGCGAUGUGGAGGUGCUAGAGCUUAUUGACCAGGAGGAGGUAAUUCAUAUGGAUAACUACUUGCCUACUGGUUACGAGGAGCAGCAGGCAACCCUUGGGGAGGUGGAGGAGGCUCCAAAAUCUGAUGUUGAGGAUGAACAGCUAUAUGCCGCAGAGGAUCCAGACUUUGAAAAGGAAAUUAACAUCAAAGAGGAAGAGGACGCCGUGGAGCCACCAAAUGAUCAUGAGAUCCCUCUUCCGCAAACUACGUCUUCACGCCUGGGUAGCCGUCUGACUCACUCGAAUAAUUUUACGUACAAGUGCGCCAUAUGUCCACGAGUCUUCGCCAAGAGCGAGUCCCUCCAACGGCACUUUGACCUGGCUCACAGAAAGACGGCGGACAUGGCUGCCCAGGAGCUGGCCAACGAGAGCAGCGGGACUGGCCUGCUGACCUGCGAGCACUGUCCGCGCACAUUUAAGCGCCAGGACACGCUCCGGCGGCACAUGCAGGCUUUCCAUCCCGACGCACCGCUGGCUGGUGGUCACGUAACGCAGGACAACUCGUCCCGCAAACGUGUUGCCAAGCGCAGAGACUGUCCCUAUUGCGGCCUAAGCUUCCCUGCGUCCAGUCUCACUAUCCACAUCCGAAGGCACACCGGCGACAAUCCAUACAAAUGUACACAGUGCGAGAAGGCCUACCCCCGCAGCCAGGAUCUGACCCUCCACAUGAGGCAGCACACGGGCGAGCGGCCCAGCCAGUGUAAAAUCUGCUCCAAGAAGUUUAUAUCGCAAAACAAACUGGCUCGUCACAUGCGUCUUCAUACGGGCCAGCGGCCAUAUGUCUGCGACAAGUGCAACAAGGGUUUCGUGCAAUCCAACGACCUCAAGAUCCAUUUACGACGCCACACGGGCGAGCGGCCGUACCAGUGUGGAGUGUGCGGUGAUAGUUUUGUGUGCGGCUCCCUGCUGACUAUCCACCGCAACCAAAUGGGCCAUCACGAAGUCAGGGACAAGGGCACAGACGCAGAAGACUCCGCCCCAGACGACCCAUAUGUAAAUGCCAGGGUGAACAAGCGACGAGCAGAAGACAUUGAACGGAUGCGCCUGCAGAGAGCUGCCGAGGAUCAAUUUCAACAACCACUGGAGGUUACUCAUCAGAAGAAGUCGCCACCUAUUCUGUCCUACAAAUGCGGUGUGUGUGAGAUGAAUUUCAAGAGCGGCGCCCUGCUGACCAUCCAUCGCAAUAACAUGAGCCAUUACGAGCUAGGAAAGGUUAACUAUGGCGAUCCCUUCGGGCAGAAACAGAAAGGGCUUAAGUAUUAAUUGACAUGAACAUGAUUAGGACCUAGAACAUUGCAUUUAGUUUUAAGUGAAAAGUUAAUAAUUUGUUUGUACCAUUAUCUAGCCUAUUCUCCCUUUUUCCUUAAAAUUUGCAAACAUUUUUAAAGUUAUGAAUUAAGAACUUGCCUCAAUGUUUUAGCAAAUAUAUAUAGUGUAUAUACUUUUAU